AGUCGGACGCCGGGACCCGCGCGAGGCCAGGUCAGGCCGGCGCGGGCGGCGAGGCGAGCGACCCGGGCGGCCAUGGCCUCGCUGCUGGGCGCGUACCCCUGGCCCGAGGCGCUCGAGUGCGCGGGGCUGGAGGCCGAGCUGUCGGACGGGCUGUCCCCGCCGGCCGCCCCCCGCCCGCCGGCCGACAAGGGCGCGGAGAGCCGCAUCCGGCGGCCCAUGAACGCCUUCAUGGUGUGGGCCAAGGACGAGAGGAAGCGCCUGGCGGUGCAGAACCCGGACCUGCACAACGCCGAGCUCAGCAAGAUGCUGGGAAAGUCAUGGAAGGCGCUGACGCUGUCCCAGAAGAGGCCCUACGUGGACGAGGCGGAGCGGCUGCGCCUGCAGCACAUGCAGGACUACCCCAACUACAAGUACCGCCCGCGCAGGAAGAAGCAGGCCAAGCGCCUCUGCAAGCGCGUGGAUCCCGGCUUCCUCCUGAGCUCCCUCUCCCGAGAACAGAACGCCCUGCCCGACAAGCGCGGCUGCGGCCGGGGGGCGCUGGGGGACAAGGAGGACGGGGGUGAGUACUCCCCGGCGGCCACCCUGCCCAGCCUCCGCGGCUGCUUCCACGAGGGCCCGGCUGGCGGCAGCAGCGGCGCGGCGGGCAGCGCGGACACCUACCCCUACGGGCUGCCGACGCCCCCGGAGAUGUCGCCCCUGGACGUGCUGGAGCCGGAGCAGACCUUCUUCUCCGCCCCCUGCCAGGAGGACCAUGCGCACUCCCGCCGCAUCCCCCACUUGCCCGGGCCCCCCUACUCACCCGAGUACGCCCCCAGCUCGCUCCACUGCGGCCACCCCCUGGGCUCCCUGGGGCUCGGCCAGUCCUCGAGCGUCUCGAUGAUGUCCUCAAUACCCGGCUGUCCCCCGUCUCCUGCCUAUUACUCCCCUGCCACCUACCACUCUCUCCACUCCAACCUGCACGCCCACCUGGGCCAGCUCUCCCCGCCGCCCGAGCACCCGGGCUUCGACGCCCUGGAUCAGCUGAGCCAGGUGGAACUCCUGGGGGACAUGGAUCGCAAUGAGUUCGACCAGUAUUUGAACACUCCUGGCCACCCGGACUCUGUGGCAGGGGCCGCGGCCCUCAGUGGGUCUGCCCCGAUCUCCCAGGUGACUGCCACGGAGACCAGCCUCAUCUCCGUGCUGGCGGACGCCACGGCCACGUACUACAACAGCUACAGCGUGUCAUAGAGCACAGGCCGCCUGCCUGCCUGCGCCCGGAGUGCCCGGGGGCGUGGCGACUCUCCGCGGGGCCACCAGCUUUAGGGCCUGGUCCGCAGGUCUGCACCGCAGGGGACCAGCCAGGCGGAUCGGAUUGUAGGCCCCUCCCCUGCCGACUGGUGUCCCAGCCAUUCCUCUGACGCCUCAGGGGCCACCCAGCGGCAAAGAGGCAAGAGAGUUGCUGGAAGUUGCUGCUUCCUGGUCACAUUCACCAGCCGCCCUUCUCUGCCCCUUCAAGGAAGCAAUUGGCUGGAAAGCUGCAGCCACCACACCUGGCCUGCUCUGCAGUGCUCUCAGGGGCUGCCUGAUCUCCGGGUCCUCCAGGUGAGGAGCGCCAAGCCAGACCCCAGUUGCGCCUCCAGAGCCUGGGGAUCGCAAGACAUGGCCUCCCGUCUGCUAGGGGAGGAGCCAGACUUGAUACCCAAGGCAAACUCAGAGGGAAGCAAAUGGAUCUUGGAGGCUUGUCCUUGCGCCAGGGGGCGAGGGAGCCUGGCACAGCCGGGCACCGGCACCUCCGCUGGAUCCCACGUCAGGGUUUCCCAGGGGACCCGUGUCCAGCCGGAGAAAAGACUGGAUUUGGGCAAUUGACUAGGGUGAUUGGCUGCAUUCCUGAGAGCACGACGGAAUUCAAGCUGAUGUCUUUAAAUGUUGUUUUAGAAAAGUCCUUGUUUGUCACACAUGCCCAUUUCAGGAGAAUACACAGAACCUGAGUGUGCGCAGUUAGCGUGGGGCUCACGUAAGGAGCACCUUCCUGCACCCCGAGGAAGAAGUGCUGUCCUUUCCUGCAGCCAUCAGAUAAUCCGUUAAUGACAGCAGCUUCUGGCAACUUCCUCUCCCUAAUCCCCCGCCGAGCCCCCGAGAACCUAUAAGGAAUUUCAACAAAGCAGCGUCACUUUCCUCCCAGCUGGUGUGUUGAUUUCUUGAGCUUCCGCCCCACUCCCUUUCCUGGGGUAACUUCUCUCCUUCCUCGACUCCCUCUGUCCCGAGCCGGCCACUGUUUUGAGGGAGCCCUGACUUUAAAAGCCGCAGCGAGGUUUCCAGGGCUGGGUGGGGAUGGGUUCUCCUCGGCACCCGCACCCGCCACGGGCUCCGGAGCCCCUGCCUGGACACUUGGGGAGAAGCGGCCCGCGGCACCUCCCAGCGCCCACUUGCCAGGCCCAGAAACGCACUGUGUGUGAUUCAGCAAAGGUUUCUGAGUCCCGCCCCGCUCCACACGGCCGCCAACCUUCUCCCAGCCUCCGUUGAAGGAACGUACCUAGCCACGGACAGUUGUCUGGACGCAGCGGCGUCUGCUUGUAUGAAAUAUGUGUUUUAUAUAUUCUGCUAUUAUUUUCACCUUAUAUUUUAUAUUGUUGAGAGAUCCUUUUUUUUUCUUCCAAGGAGUCUUCUUGUAAAAUCACUUAUAAGAUCCGAUUAAUAAUUAUGCGAUUACUGGAUAUGACAUUUGGCAACAAGUAGUAAAUCAUUGACAGUUUGGUGCAGAGCAGAGUGCGUGUUAAUAACCUUGUGAAACCGUGUCGCAGAUACUAAGCUAACUGUUCUGGUUUGGGGUGAGAACAACACAUGCUUUGCAACAGUUGUAGAUAUCCAUUUGCCUAAAAUAUUUAAUUUAAAUAAAUGUGUUUUUUGUAC